AUGUCAAUCCGUAUAGCAGCCUUACGUGCAGCUCGACCUGCCUCGUCUCGCCCAAAAGUCUCUCUUCCCCAGCUGAGCAGACGGGCCUACUCUACUCCAUCUUCUCGAGCUGCCCCGUCGUAUAGGGGCUUGGGCGCUUCAGCAGCUACGGGUUUUGCCAUUGCUUUGGGAUAUACCAUCUACCAUGGGUACAACGAGUCAAAACAGGUCCGAUGUGAUGCUGCUCCCCUUGUCGAUGCUGUAGAUACCUAUGGAUACCCUUGGUUACCAGUCGAUGCUAUUGAAAAGGAUGAUCCCAAGAAUCCCAUGCGUAUACGAAUGGCUAACUGGGUAAAAUCCCUCCAAGAUCACAUCGUAAACACAAUGGAAGAGAUCGAAUCUGCUUCUGAACCCAACUCCUUCUCACCCUCUUCUGAAUCACCUAAAUUCCUUAGAGAUACGUGGUUGAGGAAAGAAGGGGGUGAAGGAUCUUCAUGUGUUUUAGCAGGUGGUAGAGUAUUUGAAAAAGCAGGUGUGAACGUUUCAGUCGUCCACGGUUCGUUACCACCUCGAGCUCAAAAAGCAAUGUUACCCGAUCAUCCAUCUUUACCUGAACCCAUCGAGACCGUUCCAUUCUUCGCUACCGGUUUAUCAAUCGUCAUCCAUCCUCGAAACCCACAUGUACCUACUGUUCAUCUGAAUUAUAGGUACUUCGAAAUUGAAGAUCCUCAAAAUCCAAAUGAACCUAAAGCAUGGUGGUUCGGUGGAGGAUCAGAUUUGACUCCAUCAUAUCUAGAUGAAGAUGAUUGUAUACAUUUCCAUCAAGAACUAAAAAAAGCUUGUGAUAAGCAUGAUUCAAGAUAUUGGCCAGAUUUCAAAAAAGCAUGCGACAAGUACUUUUUCAUCACUCAUCGAGGUGAAUCAAGAGGUAUAGGAGGAAUCUUCUUCGACGAUCUUACGACUUCAAGUCCGAUAAAUCAACCUCCCGUAUCGACAAUGAAACAUAAGACGAAAGAGGAUCUAUUCGAAUUUGUAAAAGAUGCUUCAUCGGCGUUUCUACCUGCCUACGUACCGAUAGUUUACAAGCAUAAAGAUAGGAAAUGGACGGAAGAAGAGAGAAGAUGGCAACAAUUGAGAAGAGGUAGAUAUGUAGAGUUCAACCUGGUUUAUGAUAGAGGUACUAAGUUCGGAUUACAUACGCCCGGUGCGAGAGUGGAAAGUAUCUUAAUGAGUCUACCCGAAACAGCCAGAUGGGAAUACAUGUCCCCCGUAGGAGCAGAGGGAACUAACACCCCCGAAGAAGAAUUACAGAAAGUAUUGAAAAACCCUAAAGAGUGGGUAUGA